AAACAGCUGUGCUGAGCUAACGCUAGUUAGCAUCGUUUGUUUUUGUCGUGUGUGUGUCAGCGAUUUGGGCCGUUCCUUGCGCAAACCGCUAUCGUACAACCCCGGAGUGACCGACUUGUUGUCUGUCAUCUCUUUUAACGAUGAAGUUCCAGUACAAAGAAGAGCACCCUUUUGAGAAAAGGCGGUCCGAAGGCGAGAAAAUAAGGAAGAAGUAUCCGGACAGGGUACCAGUAAUCGUGGAGAAAGCCCCAAAAGCCAGAAUAGGAGAUCUGGACAAGAAGAAAUACCUUGUCCCCUCCGACCUGACAGUGGGCCAGUUUUACUUCCUCAUCCGGAAAAGAAUCCACUUGCGAGCUGAGGAUGCUCUCUUCUUCUUUGUAAACAACGUCAUUCCACCCACCUCAGCUACCAUGGGACUGUUGUACCAGGAGCAUCAUGAAGAGGACUUUUUCCUCUACAUUGCCUACAGUGAUGAGAGUGUGUAUGGGAACAGCCAAAGGGAAAUCUGAUCCCACUACCAUCCCCCUCCAACCACUACCCACCUUUCUGAGACCUCCACCAUUCAUUCAUUUGAAUAUUAAAUCCAGCUCGGCAGCCUAGAGUUCCCAGAGUAAAUAUGUCAAAUGCACUUUCACCACCCAUUCAUUACCCUUCUCCCAUCCAUUUAUGUCUUUAUUAUUCUGCAGUCUGAAUUGUAUUUACCUCCACUUUUCUUUUCAGUAACAACUUGGGUUAAGUGGUCUUGUGGCCAGUUAUUUUCUACUCUCAUAAUUGAUCAUAUUUAACUGAAAACCUGAGAGAGAUUAAUAAAAUAACAUUAGGUAUAGGCCGUAAUUAUAGUUACUCCAGGGUUAAGGGAAGAAAGGCUUAGUAUGUGAGUUCAAAUCAGCUCUUACUGGCAAUGAAGAUAGUUGUAGGUCUACUUCUGUUGACUUGCAGGAAGAUAAAGUGUGUUUUGAGUUUAGGUUAGUGUAGUAAAUUAAUAGCAUCCACCAGCUAAAGACAGAUAAUGUUGUCUCCGGCAGAGUAAAGGAUAACUGUUUUGCAGCAGUUUUUCUCCUAGAAAAAACCUAAAGUGGCUAGGUUAUUAUUAUGUAUAACUCACCAGUCACUGAAGUCUGUGAAUGACAGUUAAGUGUGCUGCCCUGCAUCUGACCCCAGCAAGGAGUAUAAUAGAAUUCAGACUUAACAAUCAUCUUCUGCUUUCAGUGGUAAGACUAUUCUGUUGACUGCUACUAUGAUUAUUGUUGUUAUUAUUGUUAAUUUUAGAUGGCUUAAUUUCUAAAGGUAUUGUAAAGCUGAGUGCAAUUUUCUCUUUUUUUAAGUUUGUCUUCUUUUUUUUUUAAGAAAAAAAAUUAAGAUUUGAACUCUGUAUACAGCUGCAUUACUGGCUCUUUCUCUCCACUCAUGACCAUACAUGAUAAAAUGUGAUGAAAAGCUA